GAGCGCCUGGCCGCCGCCGAGGCGCUGUACGAGGUUCUCAAGGGCCGCAACCUGUCUGAGCUGGCGCGCCUCAACCUCGAAAGGGCCGACGGCUUCGGCCGCGCGCUGCAGCACUUCUCGCGCGUGCAGGGGCAGCUCGCCGCCGCCGUUUCGGACGCCUGGGGCGCGGCCGCGGCCGCGGGGGGCGGCGGGCCGUGA